AUGUGUAAGAUCAAAACAGACGUUAAGAGGUUAAAAAAGGACCCAACAAUUAGUAUGCAAAUAAAAACUUACGAUGAAAAAACAAAUCUAGACUUAGUGUUCUCCAAUAUUAAUUGUAAAGUAAGUAAAGCAGAUUCCCCGUUAGUGGUUGAAGAUAAACAUCACCCAGCACUGGUUGUGGACUGUUAUUUAGAUGAUCAGUUUAAGCCCAAUUUUGCGAUGAACACGGAAAAAUUAACAUAUAAUUUUAAGAAAGCCAAUUAUCAUUUAAUGUACAAGCUCUUUUCAGAGACUGACUGGUCUUUCAUAAACUCAAUCUGUGAUGUCAAUCAAGCCUGCACCGUGUUUUAUGACUGUAUAUAUAAAGUAUUUGAAAAGUCAGUACCAAAGUUUAAAGUUAGGCCUCCAUCUCGUAAAAGUUAUCCUCCUUGGUUCACUGGGGACAUUAUUGCCUGCAUUCGUAAUAAAUCGAUGGCCCAUCGUAACUACAUAAGAUUUAAAACGCCAUACUAUUAUAACAUCUUCAAGUCAUAUCGUUUCCAGCUCAACAUUUUAAUCGACACAGCAUACAAGAAUUAUAUUUCUAAUAUCGAGAACAGCGUCUCCACAAAUCCAAAAAAAUUUUGGGCUUUCGUACAUGGCAAAAAAGGUCACUCUAAAAUUCCAGGCGUAAUGGAAUACAAUGAUACCGAGCGUACAUCACCGCUAUCUAUAGUUGAAGGAUUUGCGCACUAUUUUAACAGUGUUUAUACCAACUCUAAUCCGCUUACUUCUUCUUCCAAUUCUAAAACUAGGUCGUCUGUCUUGGUUAAUCUUGAAACCAUAUCAGAAAAGGAUGUUCUUACAGCACUAAAAAGUUCUAAAGACUCUUUUACUAUGGCACACGAUGGUGUGCCCAGCUUCCUUUUAAAGGACUGUGCCUAUGUUUUUAUUAAACCUUGUUUAUAUUUAUUUAAUUUAAUAUUAAGGUGUGGUCUCUUUCCUGUUAUUUGGAAAAAGGCAAUAGUUUGUCCGAUAUUUAAAAAAGGAAGUCAAUCGAAAAUUGUCAAUUACAGACCCAUCUCGCUGCUUUGUAAUUUUGCUAAAGUAUUCGAGUCUAUUUUAUUUAAAGACAUUUAUGCUUCGACCAAAACCAAUUUGUCACAGUUUCAGCACGGGUUCAUGGAGAAACGCUCUACAAUUUCUAAUCUAGCAUCUUUUACACAGUAUACAUCUGAGGCCAUCGACAAAAAAAAGCAGGAAGCGAAGACCGUGAAAAUCGUUUAUUUUGUUGAACAAGACUUUUUCAUUAUCAUGUGUUAUUACCGUAAUGGGACAUUCGUAAACGGAGAGUGGGUAUAUGCUCUAACCGUUUAUUUGUUCGACCUGGCAGUGUCGACAAGGGGAAAUCUCCUGGAAGCCCUUCACUAUCUGAGGAAGUUGUUGAUGAUUUGA